AUGAGGCCGUGCACUGUGCCUCGCUUACGUCUUGCUAGUUUGCUUCUUCUGCUGGUGACUAGCUCGCUCCUUUGGCUCAGUUUGACGCACAAAUCGGUCUUCUGGAACUCUGCUCUACUCCCUUCACACGAAGGACAUCAUCUGGCCGUGAUAGUCCCCCUGAGAGGCCGGUUCGACCAACUACGUGUCUUUGUGCCUCAUCUGAGUCGCUUUCUGAUAAAUCAAUCCGUCUCCUUCACUGUCUACAUCGUCAAUCAGAUCGACCAUUAUCGGUAG